ACCUACAUCCAACAAAUCGGCCAACCAGAAACAAGCACCCGACUAACCAAACUACAGUUUAGAGAAAUGGCUGACGACAAAGAAGUCGAAAAAACGAUUGCAGAAGACUUGGUUGUUACCAAGUACAAAUUAGCGGGUCAAAUUGUUAACCGCGUUUUAGAACAAGUAAUUGCAAAAUGUGUGCCCGAGGCGUCUGCAAGAGAAAUAUGUGAAUUUGGCGACAAGUUAAUAUUAGAAGAAACAUCUAAGGUAUUCAAAAAAGAGAAAGAUUCUAAGAAGGGCAUUGCAUUCUCGACAUGUGUGUCUGUUAACAAUUGUAUAUGUCACUUUUCACCGAUUCCAAGCGAAACUGAUUACUUUCUAAAACAAGGCGAUCUUGCGAAGAUAGAUCUUGGUGCUCAUAUAGAUGGCUUUAUCGCGGUAGUUGCCCACACUGUGGUGGUUGGUGGUGGGGAGGUCACAGGGCGUGCAGCAGAUGUUCUCCUUGCUGCAUAUCUUGCCAGCGAAGCCGCCUUGAGAUUAUUGAGACCAGGCAAUGAGAAUCAAGCAAUAACAGAUGUAGUACAAAAGAUUAGUGCGGAAUAUGGUUGUAAACCUGUUGAAGGGAUGCUUUCGCACCAAUUAAAACAAUUCCGCAUUGAUGGUGAAAAGAGUAUAAUUCAGAAUCCUUCGGAAGCUCAGCGUAAAGAACAUGAGAAAGCUACGUUGGAAACCUAUGAAGUGUAUGGAAUGGAUGUGCUUGUUUCUACAGGAGAGGGUGUUGGUCGUGAAAUGGAUACAAGAUGUACAAUAUAUAAGAAAACGGAUGAAAUUUAUCAACUUAAAUUGAAAGCAUCAAGAAUGUUCUAUAGUGAGGUACGCAACAAGCAUGGCUCAAUGCCAUUCAAUUUACGCAGCUUUGACAAGGAGACAAGUGCUCGCCUCGGUGUGGUUGAGUGUGUCAACCACAAGCUUAUUGAACCAUUCCAGGUUUUAUAUGAACGGCCAGGAGAAUUAGUAGCGCAGUUCAAGUUCACCGCGCUACUGUUACCCAGUGGUACGCACAGAAUUACCGGAUUGCCCUUCGACAAGAGCCAGUGCAAGACUGACCGCACCAUCAAGGAUCCCGAGCUUAAUUCCCUUCUGAACUCCUCUGCGAAAUCCAACAAGAAGAAGAAAAAGAAAACUGGCACAGAAGAAGCCAUGGAGGUUGAAACUGCUGCAUAGCAUAUCUGAUCACCCUCACAAGGAGGACUAUAUCGCUGAAAAUUUAUACAAUUUUUUUCACUGACGUCAUGCAAAACAUCCAGUACAAUAAAAUUAACAUUGGAAAUAAAUUAAUUAUAUGAGGAUAUUUUAUUUUCAA